AUGUCGGGCUUUGAGAUUGCUGGCACUGUUCUUGCAGUAAUACCGAUACUUCUACCGGCACUUAAUCUGUACAAACCGGGCCUCAGCCGCGCUUCUGUCUUUUUCCGCCGGAGGAAACAUGUGGAGAAGCUCAUCCAUGCUUUGCACCUUCAGACAGCCUUGUUAACGGAGAAUGUGCGAACAUUGGUGAUUAGGGUUGGGGUCGACGUCGAUGACAUACCUGAAGACCCGCAGCAGCUGUUCGAGCUACUUCACGACGACAAUUACCUGAAGGAGAGGGUUAAGACUUAUUUGGGCACAGAGGCGAAUCAGCUGUACAUGUCUGCCAUAGUAGCCUGUGAAGAGGUUGUGCGCAAUAUCGCUGCUCAUAUCGAGGGCUUCCUGCCUGCAGGGCAUCUGGUCAAGACACAACCUGGAAGUCUGAGUGCCUUUGUCCAAGCCAAUCGAACUGCCGUUGGCAACGGCUUCGAUCUGAGAGCGCGGUUCAACCUGACUCUUGGUCGCUCGGAUGUUGAUAAGAGCAUUCAGGAACUUGACAGAUCCAUUCUUGUUCUCGAACGCCUGUCUGCUGCCUUCGUAGUGGCAGUUGCGAAAUCCAGGGACAAUGCUGCGAGGCUGUACUCGGCCAUUGCCAACGGAUGGACCUGUAAAUUCCACAAAUCCCAUGAAGUUAAGCUGAGGCUCGACAGAAGGCCACCAGCUCUUACUCGUGCCGCUCUCAAAGCAGACCACGCGGCGACUAAGGGUCCGGUGUUUGAGGUUGUCUUCCGCUGCGAUCAGCCCCAAAAUGAUAUCCUUUGGCAUGAGAGCAAGGUCGAAAUGCUCGAAGAGGCUCAUCUCAAUGGAUCAGCGGCCACCUUGCCACAGCCGCCAACAGGGCCCAAUCCGCGUCCGAAGGUUACAAUCUCAAUACCGUCGGCCGUAGUGGCUCUGCCGGCAACUUCCCAAAAAGUGGAUUGCCUAUGCUCCUCCCUGAACUGCGCAAUUACUGCCAACAAGAUGCUGCACCUGUACAUUGCCUCUCAGGCGAAAUUGCAUUGCGACCACCGCGAAUGCCCGUCACUUUCUUCUGCUGAGAAAAAGUUCGACGUGCUUUGCUUGCGGGAGUUCCUCUCGAUCCAGGGUGGUCAGUAUAGGAGGAUUGCGUUGAGGGACCGCAUGCUUUUGGCGUUGACGCUUGCCAUUUCUCUAAUGCAGCUAUACGAAACACCAUGGUUGGACAAGAGCUGGUCGAAAGAAACCAUUCAAUUUAUGAAGGUACCGGAUGGCAACGGCAAAAGCGUGUCAGCAGUGGACAUCGAUUUCACCAAACCGGUAAUCUCCCGCGAGUUCUCCUCCGCGUCUCACCGUUCAGCGAAACAUCUGCAACCCAAGGAGGCACUCCUCGAGCUUGGAAUCAUGCUUCUUGAGCUCUGGCACGAGAAGACGAUUGGGGAUCAUUUCUGUGCAAUACCCGUACCGGCCGACUAUUGGGGCAAACUUCGACUGGCAUCAAUUUGGCUUGAUGACAUGACAAACCCUUUACUCCCACAAUAUCGGCUUGCAGUGGCACAGUGCGUCAAAUGCUUCUUCGGUAGUAGAUUCUGCAGUCCUAGCUAG